AUGAUUGAUAAGAGCCAGAAGGUUGUGUUAGCGCUGGCGCGUAUCAUGCCCAACCUGGGCGGCCCGAUGGAAAAUAGACGNCGACUCUANUUAAGCGUGUUUCANGCUGUCAUCCUAUAUGGAGCACCAGUUUNGGCUGGAGAACUANCUAAANAUAAGAAGGCGGUGGCUUGUUGCGGNGCCACNCAAAGAAUUAUCGCAAAUNGAGUAAUAAGCGGAUAUCGCACGAUAUCUGCUGAGGUUGCCCAACUCCUGGCUAGGGCUCCACCCUUGGAAAUGCUUGCGGAGGAAAGGGCAAUAAUUUUUCGAAGAAUUCGCGCGAAUGAGGAUGUGACACUCACGCAAAUAAAAAGCGAAGAAGCGGCAAAGCUGCAUCCGAUCAAUGCUCGCACUGUAGACUGGCAACUGACACACUGUUGCAUACAUGAGAGGAGUGCAAAAGUUGGAAAGAUGAACGCGAGUUACUACGCCUAA